AUGGCGUUUCAUAAUUAUAUUAGGAUGCAUGAUAAGCGUGAUCGACAUUUUCAAGAAAUCGAGGAUAAUCUAGAUGUUUUCACUUAUGAAGAGCAUCAACUGGAGGACAAUGUAGAACAAGAUGAAGCUUCAUUAUCACAAGAAAUGGUUGAAGUACGAGAUCAAAUUGCAACAAGCUUUAACAGGGAGCAUUGUAGAAAAGCGUUAGCAGAAAUGGUGAUUGUAGAUGAGCUUUCAUUUAGGUUUAAAAGACCUACAAAAUUCCAUACUGCCAUUCGUAACACUGUGAGGUAUGUGAGGUCUUCUCCGGCUAGGUUGCUGAAAUUCAAGUCAUGUGUGGAGCGAGAGAAAAUUGAAUACAAAGGUCUGAUAUGCCUAGAUGUCCCUACUAGAUGGAACUCCACUUAUAUGAUGUUAGAUGCAGCCAUUAAGUUUCAAAAAGCUUUUAAAAGAUAUGAAGAGGAAGAUGACAAGUUUGUGUCUUAUUUUUGGGAAGAUGAGGGGGAAAAACGGAAGAUUGGCCCGCCACUUGAUGAUGAUUGGGAGAAUGUUAAGGUGUUUGUGAAAUAUCUGAAGACUUUUUAUGAUAUAACUUUGAAGUUUAGUGCCACUUUGAAUGUCACUUCAAAUUCUUACUUUCAUGAGCUUUGUGAUAUGCAAAACCAGCUAUCUGAAUUAAGCAAACAAGAGGAUUCUAUGCUUUCAUCCAUGUCUAAUGUGAAGGAUACUAUGUACCGACUGCAUGAGGUUUAUAGUGGGGAGAAGGGUGAAUCUGUGACUAAUGAAAAUAGUGGGGAGGCGGCAACAACAAGUACAACGGAGGUAAAAAUAGAAGCAAAAGGAAAAGGGUGUUUGUGGAGCUCUUUUGUUAGGAAAAUGAAGGAGAAUAAUGUGAAUGAGUAUAAAAAUGAUGUGGACAAAUACUUGACAGACCCUAUGGAGGAUCCAACUCGGUCAAAUUUUAAUGUUUUAGAUUGGUGGAAGAAUAAUGCAACUAAUUACAAGGUUCUCUCACUAGUUGCAAAAGACAUUCUUGCCAUUCUUGUUUCAACGGUAGCCUCAGAAGCUUUUAGUACCGGAGGCCGCAUCCUCGAUCCCUUUAGGAGUUCAUUGAGUCCCAAGAUGGUAGAGGCAUUGAUUUGUACACAAAAUUGGUUGCGUAGUCGUGAGCAACUCAACUUUAUUGACAUGGAAUAG